AUGAAGUUCACUUUUGCUUUCCUGCUCCUGGCUGUCCUGGCUUGUGUCCUGGUGGAACAGUCUAGUGCCGCCACUACCUCCACCACCACCUCCACAGAAUCCACAACAACCACAACCACCACUGCUGCAUCAUCAGACACCACGACCACCACGGCUUCUUCAUCGGAUUCUACCACCACAACCACCGAGUCCUCCUCGUCCUCCGGAAAGAAGAAGCACGUGACCCACUACAAGCGCAAGACCAAGCGGGGCAAGAAGGUCAAGAAGAUCCGCCGCAGCAAGAAGCGCAGCGGUUAA